AUGUUUGUGACGGGCAUGACAGUGUCACGGCAUGGGAACACUGUGCUCAUCGAAGCUGGAACUGCCGUGCACAAGACAGCUCAAACAAAAGAACGAAAGACGAUGCUUUUGCCGCUGAUGGCACUGGGCCAUGCUCUCAGGUUGGACAAAUCCUGGGGUGAGCGUUGGAUUCAUGUCAUGUCAAGGCAGUUUGCUGACAGUAGGAAACUAUAUGUGCUGCCAGCUUACAGUGAGCAAUCCAAUCGAUGGCUUACACGGCCUAUGACGACAGGAGAGGGGGUCUUGUGGCUGCGUGGAAUUGUGGGCCUGCGUUGCCGUACAGGUGACAGCUUGACAACACACAGCCUGAAAACCACGCUUCUUUCGUGGGUGACCCUGUUUGGAUUGAUGAGCUUUGAUCAACGACGGGUGCUGGGACAUCACAUUGAUGCUGGACUUGCCAGCCCUUUGACCUACGGUAGGGACAAUGUAGCGCCUUUGCAGGUCAUUCUUGCGAAGCUCUUGAGACAAGUGGCACAAGGGGAACUGGACCCUGAUGCUCCCAGGGUGCAGAGAAUCGACAAAGAGUUGGAGAUUCGUGAGACCCUUGACGACUUGGAAGCUGACCAGGAAGGCGUUGUUUUUGGCGUCCAAGCUCAGCCUCAUGAUGACGUAGAUGAGAUGGAUGAUGCCUAUGAGGCUGAUGAGAUGGUCGACAAGGCCUUUGGAGGCCAAAGGGUGUACAUUGCUGCUUCCAGGGCUGAUGGGAGGCUCAAACAACACCAAGUUUCUGGUGUCCUUCACUUCAUCGGCCUUGACGACAAAUUUGUUUGCGGGCGAGGCAUCAACGGGUUCUAUGAAGAUGUAGCUGAUGAUUUGGCACAUGAUUGGCCGAUGUGUCAGCAGUGCCGGAAGGCAAUGGGAGAAGAAGCUGUCAAUGAACAGCCGCUCAUUGAUGCCCUUACAAAAAUCCUUACUGUAGAGCCAGGACCUGCAGAACUGGCCAGUUGGAGGCGGCUUUAUUUUGAAUGCCAUACAGCUGCAAUGACGGAGCUUAAAACCAGAUUGGAAAGGAAAGAUGAUGAGGCGCCGAGAAAACUCCUCAUGCCAGAACGCAUUGAGCGGCUUGAACGUGCCAAACGGGCGCUCAGUGGCAUUACAAUUGAUGCACAGCUGGAACCGGCCCACAGACUAGUUGAUGCAGCAGUCCAACAGGCAGAAGACAGUACAGUGCGAUAUAUUCCCCUGAAGGAUUGCCUGUCAAGGGAGUCAGAGCUGUUGCAUAGCAAGACAGAGCUCUCCAUCGAAUUUUCGGCAGAUGGAACCAUGAAAUUGGGAAAGAAACAGGCUGAAAUUCAGGCAGAGACUUCAGGGGAUUUGCGAGUGAAGAUGGCGAUGCAACGCAGAGCUUUGGCAUACCAUAUUGCAGGCAUUUGCAACUUCCAGGCCAUUGAUGCAUUGGUACAACGGAUGUUUUCCCUGAUGACAAAGGAACCAGUGAGAGGUUUCCGUGCUGUGUCCCUGCAACAAGUUGUCAACGCAGACAGAGAGAUGUGGAUGCAGGCUGCCCAGAAUUCCAGAGGCAAAACAUUGGCUGACCCAACUCGACCUUUGGAUGAGAUCCUGGAGAAGGCCUUCAACUCGCCGGAGACCAGCUACCACCUCCUACCAUUGCCAGCCUCAUCCAAAGGCAGUGGAAAGCCUGAGCCAUCAGCCGACACACCCAGGAAGCCUGCACCAAAGCGGCCUCUGCCAGGCCCCAAAGGAGGGGCGCCUUCCAAGAAGGGCAAGGGGAAAGGCAUUGACUUACCCCAGGGCUGCGCACCGGAGACGGGAUCGGGUCAAAGGAUUUGCUUCCAAUUCAAUCGGAAGAGGUGCAACCACCAGGACAAGGACAAGUGCGUCAGUCAACUGGAUGAAGCACGUAUCAACAGAAAGCAUGGUCUUGCCGCGCUUCCACCUAUUGUGGCUGAAUACAAACUGGUAACCGAUACAAUGCCUCCUGCGGAUACCCAGCACAAGGUACUCAGUGACGGGCCUCAACUGGUUAAUGCAAGACGCAAACUGGAAGUUUUGAAAAUAAAACGGCUUGCGGCCCAACUACAGCAAGAGGAGAAACGUCUGCAUGAAUCACUGGAUCCAGAGAUGGAAAAUUUGAUGAAAGACAAAAACCUGCUCCUUUGGCGCGAGCUAAUGGUUCAGACUGGGUUCGAUGACCCUACGCUGUUUGAUGAGUGCGUGGCAGGUUUCCGUUUGGUAGGGCAGGCUUCUUCCUCCCCUCAAUUUCCUCAUGGUUUCAUUCCUAUGCAACAGACGCCUGAAGAGUUACAACGGAAAGCAAUUUGGCUACGCAAGUCCAAUGCUGCCAAGUGCCGGUCGACUGGACGGCCAGAGCUGGACACGCUGGUAUGGAACCAGACCCUUGAGGUGUUGGGACGAACGUUAGACUUGCAAAGCGCUUACAAGCAGAUAGGUCCUUUCAUGCCAGACUUGUGGAACCGGGUGAUCAUGGUUUACGACCCCGAAAGCAAAGGACAAUACCUGGGAGCACCUCUCAAACCUGCUAUGAAGUUUUUGAGCAAUGUAGCGGCAUCUGGAUGGUGCGAUUCCAUGAAACCUUUACUGGCUGUAGCGAGCAUAUACACCAAGGCGGUCAUGCAGUAUGACGAACCUCGCUGCAUCUCCCUGAUGGAUCAGACAACGCCUUUGGUAGCCUUCACUGAUGGUGCGUGGGAACCUUCAGCUUCUUCGCCAGCAGGUGCCGGCAUUGUAUUGGUGGAUCCAGUCACUGGAAUCCGCAUUGCACACGAGGUAGUCGUACCUCCUUGCUUGGUGGAACACUGGAAGAGCAUGGGCAAAGCCCAACUUAUUUCUGAGCUUGAAUUGCUUCCUGUUGUUGUCUUCUUUGAACAGUACAAGGAAUUACGCAGUCGACGACGAAUUUUGCUUUUUGUGGAUAACAAUGCAAUCAGAGAUUCAGUUUCGAAAGGGACAUCGAAGUCACUUUCUGUUUUGGUGCUGCUGUCAGAGAUUCACCGCAUUUGGACGGAGAUUCAAUGUUUGUGUUGGGUGUCCAGGGUUCCUUCACUUUCGAAUGUUUCUGACCUGCCUUCUAGAGGAAAAGCAAAUCAAGCAGCCGCUGUAAUUGGUGGCACCAACGGCAAACCGCUGGACCCUUCUCCGAGACUUUGCGAUUUGAUUUGCGAUUCGAAUUCUUUUGUCCAGUUCAUGCGACAGCACCUGAAGACGAACAACAAAGUUUGA